AUGACGACAAAUAUCGCGUUAGAGACCACAAUGGCACGUUCCCACUCCAUGACGACCACUAGCUUUACUAAUUAUUUCAAGGGAACCAUUGUUGUUGAGUUAUAUCAUGAUCAUGCCCCAAAAACUUGCACCAACUUCUCCACCCUAGUAUCUAGGGGAUAUUACGAUAACAUCAUAUUCCACCGCAUAAUCCCGAGUUUUAUGCUGCAAACUGGGGACCCAACAGGUACCGGACGAGGUGGGACCUCGAUUUAUGGCGAGAAAUUCGAAGACGAAAUCCACGCUGGAUUAAAGCAUACAGGCGCGGGAAUAUUGAGUAUGGCGAAUAGCGGCCCAAACACGAAUGGAAGUCAAUUCUUCAUAACUCUAGCUCCAACACCAUGGUUGGACGGAAAGCAUACCAUUUUCGGGAGAGUUACCAAUGGACUUGGCGUCGUAAACCGUAUGGGGCUUGUAAGGACGGGACAGGAUGACCGACCAGCUGAAGAAGUGAAGAUUCUAAAGGCGCGUGUUCUGGAAGGAGAAGAAGUUUGA